AUGCCUUAUUCCCUCUCUCACUUACUGAGUGUAGGUUCUGCUAUCUCAGUUCUGAGGAACUCCACUGACAUCUAUGUGGUGAAAUGCUGCCCCGAGCUGUGGGUGGGCUACGGGGACAACUGCUACCUCUUUUGCAAGGAGAGAAAGGACUGGAAUUCCAGCCAGGAGUCCUGUGCUGCAGAGAGCUCAUCUCCUGGUGAUCAGCGACACCCAGGAAAUGAUCUCUCUCCAGCUUCCUCCAGCUCGGGGAUGUUCAUUCAAUACACCCCGGACUCUGCCACCAGCCCCAAUGCAGAGCCCCUCUCCCCACACCUUAACCCCCAGAGGAGUGGGGCAGGAGGUGAGGGAGGAGUGAAGAAAGCCAAGACGCGGACAGCCUUCUCCCCAGAGCAGCUGCAGAUCCUCCAUCAGCGCUUCCAGAGCCAGAAGUACCUCAGCCCCUACCAGAUCCGGGAGCUGGGCUCAGCCCUGGGGCUCACCUACAAGCAGGUGAAGACAUGGUUUCAAAACCAGCGGAUGAAGUAUAAGCGAUACCAGAAGGAAAGUCAAUGGAUUGAGAAAGGCACAUGCCUCCCUCAGAAUGGGUUCUAUCAGGCUGGAUACCUGGAUGUCGGCUCCGGUUACUACCAAGGCUGCUCUGUCAGUGCCAACAGGAACAUCCAGACUGUAGCCAAUGUGCAUCAGGCCUAUAAUAGCAGCCCGGCCUACAGCAGCAGCCAGAGCCUGUACACUUUCAUGGCCAUUGAGGACGAGGGGACGUUCUUUGGGAAAGCUGCAAGUCCCUGCAACACCCAGCAAGCUGUGGGCUUCCUCAGCCCGCAGAAAGUGAACUUCUACCAUGGCUUCCCCACAAAUGUGGAUUAUGCCAGUGUGGAGUUGGAAGAAAGCUACAGUUUCCAGAAUACCCCUGGCACUCCAGUGUCAUUCCCGGGCUCUGGUGUGCGGCAGCCAUACCAGCCGGUCUGGCACCCUCAGGGCACCCAAAGCAAUUACAAUUCCUAGGCCCUUUCUGGUUCCUUUUCUGCUCCCACUCGUGUCUGCUUUCUCCUUUUAAGUCUCUCAGGGUCCUGAUCCUGCCAGGUGCCUAGUGCCCCUAGUUACAGCAGAGGCUCUGCACUUUGCAGGAUCUGGCCUUCUCUUCCUUCUUAUCUGUAAGAGUUGCCUGUCUGGUUAUGUUCUGGAGUAUAUGCACACAUGUGAUGAAAGGCAGCUUCCAAGCUGUUGGCCCUGGCUGGCUCCAGGAAUGGAUUGUUGCUUUUGCUGAUGUCAAGCCAUCCUUGUGGACAAGUGUGUGCGUGCUGGAAAUUGGAGUAGGUGGGUGGAACAGGCCAGUUAUGCCAUUAAGUCCUCUUCUGACCUCUUGUCCUGGUACAGAAGGAUCUACUAUAGAUCCUUUCCAGGGCUCUAGUGAGUCCUUGGUCUAUGGAUCCCUGCAAUAAAGCUUCCCUGGAGAAGACUCUCCCAGCCAUAGCAGAGCCUUUGCUGUGGGGGGAAAAACUUUUGCUAAGCUUCUAACCUCAAACUUCCCUCUCAUCUGUUUGUGUGUCUUUUGUUUUUUUUUUUCCUUUCGGUCCUGGUAUUUCCUCUACCAACUCCUAUGCUGGUUGCAUGAUGUGCCUUAUCAGAGGACAUGUGUAUGCCUUUUCUGAGGGCUAGAUAUGACAGUUCCACUGCAUUCCCAGCUAAAAUGACUCUAAUCCCUUUCUCUCAUUUUAGGACCUCGAUGUCUCAUUCUGACAAGGGUUUACAAAAUUCAGAGCAAGCCCAAUCCUCAGCUGCUGCAAGUCAGGUUAUGUACUGUAAAUCUAUUUUCAGCUAAGCAUCUGGCCCAUGGGUUGAAUAGUAAUCUAAAUUGCAUUUAUCCUGUAUAUAAGGACAGAGUGGGGAAGGAAAAAGAAAAGGAAAUUGUGGCCUGCCAGAUCAGUAUUGUCAUCCAGACACUUGUAGUGUUUGCAAAAUGGCUCUGUCUUGUGCCUGUCAGUUGUUAAGGUUGUGCCUUUUGGAGACUUCCUGUCUAGCCAGAUGGUUCUUCAGUUCUCUAAUUGUUCUUCCUUAUUCUGCCAACCCAACACUUCUGAUUGCCUUAAUACCCUGCCAGGGAUCUAAUACCAGCAUACCCAUCAUGGUGAGAGCAGCAGAUGUCCUCAAGUACCUGUCUAGUUCUCUUCUAGAUAACUCAUUAUCUAGGCAUGAAGGAUCUCUAGCACUUCACAAAUCAUAAUGCAACACCACUGGAAUGCAGCCACCUCUGGGGUGGAGCAUGGCAACCAGGUAAAAACACUUUAGUUGUUUCAAGCCUGAUGUUUGGGUCACCUAAUAAACUAGAAAUGAGGGGGGGAAAUCCCAUUAGGCCUAGCCCACUGCCUCCGUAGGCAGUGCAGCAUGGCUUCUUACAGUUGCUUCUCUGGUCUUGAGUAACUUGAUAAAUGGGGGCUUUUAUCAGUUCCCUAGGGGGAGACCUUUUUUCCCCCCACAUCCUAAUUGGGUUUUUGUCUUGCAUCAAGGGCAGACACUUGAGUUUCUUCUGGUGUCAGUAUUGGUUCUGUAGGGGAGAAGUGGGUGGACUUCUUUUAAAAAACAUUCAAGUUGUUGGGGUUUUUGGUUUUGUGGUUUGUUUUUUA